GCCGCUGUCUCCCACCUCUCGCCAGUCUUUCUUGUGUCCACCAUUGACGCCGGCAGAGAUCUGCGGAAGAAGGAGUGCAGGGCGGCGAGUAUCGUCGAUGGAGUUCCUGAUGCAACCAAUUAGGAGGUCCGCGGUGAUGGAGGAGGUGAAUGACAACCAGUUGCGAGCUGUCCCCCAUGGCCACUAUAAGCGUUGACGGGCAGAUCUGUGCGGUGGAUGGGGCAGCUGCGACUGAGCGAGAUGAUGAACCGCAGGCGUCUGAGCAAUCCAUUGGCCAAGUUGAUCCGAAAACACCAGGCUGGACUCGCAGGGUUAGAAUUGGAGCUGCUGCUCCUGGCAGGGCUCCUUGCCCUGGGCGAACCAGUGCCCUUGAGAAAGCAAUUCGGGGGUUUGGUGACAAGCCUGGAAGCAUUGUGGUUGUGCCAGAACUGGGCACAAGCUUUGAUACACUUGGGGAGGCCUAUGACUUCUACAAUCUCUACUCGUGGGAGAAGGGGUUUGGAAUAAGAUAUGGGAAGAGUAGGUUGAAUGUGGAGAGAACAAAGUGCAUGCAGGAAAUUGUUUGCGGGUGUGCGGGUAAACCGGGUGUGGAAAACACAAGAUCAUGCCGUUGUGAAUGACCGGCAUUAAUAAGACUACUUCGCACAAAGGAUAAUGGUUGGUACAUAGCUGAGCACCGUGAGCAGCACAACCAUUUGCUAUCUCCUACAUAUGGGCAGACAAUACACUGGCCUUCACACAAGCACAUCGAUGCUUAGAACAGAGACUUGGUCGAGUAGUUGCGACAAAACAAUGUUAACCUAGCCAAAGUUAUCUACUAAUACACCGGCAUAAUUGGAAGCUUCUUUGGUUCAAUGGAAAGGGUGCCUUUCACAAAAAGAGCUCUGAAGAAUUUGUGUGGUAAAAUAAAUAAAGAACAGUCGGAGGAUGAUGUGAGGAAGACCAUGGAGGUGUUUGCAGAGCUGGGCUCAAGAGAUCCUCACUUCACCUAUCGUGUGCAAGCAGAUGAGGAUGGUCGGAUAGCAACUCUU